GCCCCGCCGCGCCUCACUGGCGGCGGCAGCGGCGGAGGCGACGGUGGCGGCUCUCGGAGCCGGCGCGAAUCCGGCCCCCGCAGCGGGACCCGGGCAGGUCUUGACGAGCCCUGCCCGGGCCGACGCAUGCAGAGGAUGGAAACACUUGCCCGGCAAUGUCUCUGGGCCGCCUCCUUCGCAGGGCCUCCUCCAAAGCCUCGGACCUCCUGACCCUCACCCCCGGUGGCAGCGGCAGCGGGUCCCCCUCUGUCCUGGAUGGAGAGAUCAUCUACUCCAAGAACAAUGUCUGCGUGCACCCGCCGGAGGGGCUGCAGGGGCUGGGGGAGCACCACCCAGGUUACCUGUGCUUGUACAUGGAGAAGGAUGAGAUGCUGGGAGCCACCCUCAUCCUGGCAUGGGUCCCCAACUCUCGCAUCCAGAGGCAGGACGAGGAGGCCCUGCGCUACAUCACACCCGAGAGCUCCCCCGUUCGCAAGGCACCCCGCCCUCGGGGCCGGCGCACCCGGAGCUCAGGAGCCUCCCACCAGCCCUCCCCGACGGAGCUGCGGCCUACCCUGACCCCCAAAGAUGAGGACAUCCUGGUGGUGGCCCAGAGUGUUCCAGACCGCAUGCUCGCCAGCCCUGCACCAGAGGAUGAGGAGAAGCUGGCGCAGGGCUUGGGGGUGGAUGGUGCCCAGCCAGCCUCGCAGCCUGCUUGCAGCCCCUCCAGGAUCUUGUCGACGGUCAGUCCGCAGGAUGUCACCGAGGAGGGGCGGGAGCCGCGGCCCGAGGCCGGGGAAGAGGAUGGCUCUUUGGAACUGUCAGCCGAGGGCGUGAGCAGAGACAGCUCCUUUGACUCAGACUCAGACACCUUCUCCUCGCCCUUCUGCCUCUCGCCCAUCAGCGCAGCGCUGGCCGAGAGCCGCGGCUCCGUGUUUCUGGAAAGCGACAGCAGCCCCCCGUCCAGCUCCGACGCCGGCCUGCGGUUCCCGGACAGCAACGGCCUCCUGCAGACCCCACGCUGGGACGAGCCGCAGCGAGUGUGCGCCCUGGAGCAGAUUUGCGGCGUGUUCCGUGUGGACCUGGGCCACAUGCGCUCCCUCCGCCUUUUCUUCAGCGACGAGGCCUGCACCAGCGGCCAGCUGGUCGUUGCCAGCCGAGAGAGCCAGUACAAGGUUUUCCACUUCCACCACGGCGGCCUGGACAAGCUGUCUGACGUGUUCCAGCAGUGGAAAUACUGCACCGAGAUGCAGCUCAAAGACCAGCAGGUCGCCCCCGAUAAGACAUGCAUGCAGUUCUCCAUCCGCCGCCCCAAGCUGCCGUCCUCCGAGACGCACCCCGAGGAGAGCAUGUACAAGAGGCUCGGCGUCUCCGCCUGGCUCAACCACCUGAAUGAGCUGGGCCAGGUGGAGGAGGAGUACAAGCUGCGGAAGGCCAUUUUCUUUGGCGGUAUUGAUGUGUCAAUCCGCGGGGAGGUCUGGCCCUUCCUGCUGCGCUAUUACAGCCACGAGUCCACGUCGGAGGAGCGGGAGGCGCUGCGGCUGCAGAAGCGAAAGGAGUACUCUGAGAUCCAGCAGAAAAGGCUCUCCAUGACUCCCGAGGAGCACAGAGCGUUCUGGCGUAAUGUGCAGUUCACUGUGGACAAAGACGUGGUCCGGACGGAUCGGAACAACCAGUUCUUCCGGGGGGAAGACAAUCCCAAUGUGGAGAGCAUGAGGAGGAUCCUGCUGAACUAUGCUGUGUACAACCCUGCCGUCGGCUAUUCCCAAGGGAUGUCGGACCUGGUGGCGCCCAUCUUGGCCGAGGUCCUGGAUGAGUCAGACACCUUCUGGUGCUUUGUGGGUUUGAUGCAGAACACGAUCUUCGUCAGCUCCCCCCGGGACGAGGACAUGGAGAAACAACUGCUGUACCUGCGUGAGCUGCUGCGGCUGACACACGUGCGCUUCUACCAGCACCUGGUCUCGCUGGGCGAGGACGGCCUGCAGAUGCUCUUCUGCCACCGCUGGCUCCUGCUGUGCUUCAAGCGGGAGUUCCCCGAGGCCGAAGCGCUGCGGAUCUGGGAGGCCUGCUGGGCCCACUACCAGACGGACUACUUCCACCUUUUCAUCUGCGUGGCCAUCGUGGCCAUCUACGGGGAUGACGUCAUCGAGCAGCAGCUGGCCACGGACCAGAUGCUCCUGCACUUCGGAAACCUGGCCAUGCACAUGAACGGGGAGCUCGUUCUCCGGAAGGCGAGGAGUUUGCUGUACCAGUUCCGCCUCCUGCCCCGGAUCCCCUGCAGCCUGCACGAUCUGUGUAAGCUGUGUGGGUCAGGCAUGUGGGACAGCGGCUCCAUGCCCGCGGUGGAGUGCACUGGCCACCAUCCCGGCUCGGAGAGCUGUCCCUAUGGGGGCACGGUGGAGAUGCCUUCCCCCAAGCCCCUGAGGGAAGGCAAGAAGGGCCCAAAGACGCCGCAGGACGGCUUCGGCUUCCGCAGAUAGGUCGGGCCCCCGACACUGGACAGGGGUUGAGGGGACCUCCCCAGAGGCCCCGGGCACGGGAGGGGGUGGGGCUGGGUGUGAAGGGGACAGGGGACAGUAGAAACCUAAGGAAAAUGCUUUUGGGCAACAUGAGAGGAACCUUUUCAUAUUAAUGACAAAAUUAGAGUCUGGAAGUGACAGAAGUCAGAUCUACAGCCACCCAGAGGAAAGUCAGCUCCUGAAACGCUGCAGUGGAACGCACAGCCACCGCACCUGAGACGCAGGCUGGCUGGGCUCUCCUGCUGGCUGCCCUGGAGGAUUUCAACAUGUCCCAGGAUUUGCUCCAGCCUCGAGGGCAGCCAGACAGCGUCGCCAGGCAAUGAGGAAAGCAGGGACAGGAGAGGAAGGCCUCACUCACCCACUGCGUCGAGGGCUGCAGAACACAGCGGGGUCCUGUCCAGGCCCAGGGACAUCUUUGCAAGCCAGACACACUUCCUCUUGAGACCUCGUUCUCUCGGAGUGAGCCAAACACACUUCCCAAAGCUUCCCCAGCCACAGCUGGGAUGCUGAUGGAAAGACAUCUGCCAUAAAAAAAAAAGCAAAAGAUAAAAAGCCCAACCGAUGUGGGGAUAGAGAGGUGGAAGAGCAGUCAGGCUUGAGGAGCUGGCGCUUGUAGUGUUUAUCCAUUUAAACAUUUCGUCCUCCUGGUACAUGAAGGGAACUGUCUGCCCAGGAGCCUGAGCCUCAGGCUGUUGGAGAAGCAUCUGAUGCCUUUUUCUUUGCUGGGGGUCUUCUACGUGAGGUUCCUUGGCGUUGUUUAAGGUCAACCCCACCAAAUACAGCAACCAGCUGGGGCUUGAAUGGGUCGAUGUGUGCGUGUGUCCCUGCGUGCAUGCAUGCAUGUGUGUGUUUGCAAGAUCCUCUGACGAUGAUCUGCUUUGUCCCAGGGACGUGGUAGUGUAUUAGCUGACCAACCAAGACAAGGACACCUGGAAAUAGUUAGACUCUUCCACUUCCCUUCAGGACCUGUGAACUCAGAUAUGUAAGUCAGCUUCUCAGGUGGUCGGACGUGAGAGCGACCACAGUGAAGGAGCCAGCACUCAGGGCUCUCUGCCUUCUAUGUGGGAAUGAGGUCUUCCCAACAGACUCUCCCUCUUCCAAAAGAUCGUGUAUCAGUUGCUCCUUCUGGGAUUUAGAGAUGGACAGAAAAGGGUGUGCGAUCUAUGCUGUGAGAACUCCCAGCCAGCUUAGAAGUGUCGAGCCAUUUGCACAGAAAGCCACUCCUUGAGCGAGGAGACCAAAUCCCUCCUGAAAUCCUCCAUCGCGUCCUUCUGCGGAGAAAAACCCUUGAUGUGCUGAGAACCAUCAUGGGGACCAGGAUAGAAGGCUUCUUCCCACUCAAAGCUUUUCUCCCUGGAGGGUGGGCACUGCUGGGCCAUGCCACUUCAAAGCAGUGUUCCUCAGCAGGAAAGCGGAGGUCACCACUUACCGGCCUCCUCCACCUUCUCGGCUUCUCUUUUCUCCAUGAACCCAGGUCGUCCAGCAGGUACUUCCAAGUUCCCAGGUCUGUCUGCCCAAGAGCCUUUUGAGGAGACUGUCCUGGAGCCCCAUCAGUGCCCAGAUCCUGGGGUACCGACCAUUGCUGUCUAGCAGUGGGGGAUCCUGUGGUGGGAGUGGGGUGGGCUUCUCAUCCAUGUUGCUUCUGGGAAGAGAGGGUUGCCUUUCUGGGCUAGGGAGGUGGCUGGAGCUUCUGCCCUGACCCUCCGCUAGAAACCAGUUAUAUCCAUUGCCACAGCAAUACUGUGUAACAAAUCCGCCAACACUCGGUGGCCUGCAACAGUCAGCACUGAUCUAGGGCAGGAGUCAGCAGUCUGGGCAGGGUGAUUCUUCUGGUCUAGGCUGGGCUUGUUUGUUUAGGGCCAGUGGGUCGUUAAGUCCCAGGGGAUGCUCAUGGUGCAGAGGUCGGACCUGGUCCUGCUCUGUGGUCUCUUGCAUCCCUCCUGCAGGCCAGCCAUGGCACAGCCAAAGGCACGGAGGGAGAGACAGCAAGUGCCUUUCCAAGCCUUGGUGGACACCACACCUGCAGCUCUCCCCUUGGCCACAGCAAGUCACGUGGCUGGGCUCAGCAUUAAGGGGUGGGGGACAGGCCUGCCACUUUAUUGUCUGCUCUGCACAGUCGGGUGGCAGUAGACUGAGAAUUUGGAGGGCUAAAGAACUGGGGCUCUGGAGAGUCUGUGUCCUAAUAAUGCCUGCUUUGGAGCACUCCUUCCCCACCCACCUGCUCCAGGAGAAUAGCGUCCCUGGUCCUAGCAUUUCACUAGAUACCUCGUGCCUUUGAACCGCUGUGUUUGGGAGGGAGGAAGAGGAUAGGCAGGUCCAGGGCUCCCCUCACUUGGGAAGGUCCUAGUAGAAGGCAUUCCUUCUGAGUCUCCUGGCCCUACAGCUUCUCACGCCUGCUGCUCCCCAAGACCUGACCCGGACCAAUCAGCUGCAUCUCUGCACCAAGUGCCACCCCCGCCGUGCACUGCUCGCACCUCACGCUCCCCGUGGGCUGGCCCGGACCCUGGUGAGGUCUGCACCUCUCGGACCAGCCAGGACCUCGGAAGCCAUGACCUGGGUGUUCAGGGCUUGGCGGAGGAGACGCUGCUCCGCGGGGGAUGGAGAAGCCCCGCCCCUCCACAGCUCCCUUAAUCUGGAUGCAAUUAGAGGAAACCAGCCAAAAACCCCGCGGCAGCUGUUGCCCCGGGAUUAUUCCCAGCCAGCGAGAGGCAUUAGGGCGAUAAUUCAGUCAUUAGACUUCUAGCCUUCCCACCGCCAGAACGUGCAAAUAGGGGAUAAUCAGCCCUGCACGGCCAUCCUCAGCAAUGCUGCUUAUUUAACCCAUUUUUUAAAAUGACACUUAAUGUUAUUGGCUGGCGUACGUGUGUGCGCAUACUUAAAAGUUGGCGCGUGGUGCGGCCCUGCUGCUAAUGUCUGUGCUGACAGCGUCGCCCGAUGUUGCUCAGGGCCUCUGGGAAGAGGGGGCACCUUUGAUGUGGGCGUGCUGGCACCCAAGAGGCAGCGUGGUCAGGCUCGAUGCUUGCCAGCCCUGGAAGGUCCCGCCAGGGUUAGGGGGUCGGGUGAGCACUCAGAGAUCUGGGGAGGAAGCGAGGAGCCUGGUGUCCUCACCAGGUGCAGAGGGGAAAUGCGUACUGCGCCAGAAGGUUCUGACUCAAGUCUCGGCCCUGAGGACUCAGAACUCACAAGUCAUGGAUCAAGUACAGAGGGAGGGAGGGCCCCAGCCCACCCGUGCGGGGGAGGAGGAGGGUCUGAAGGUGGGAGGGCAGCUCCAUGAGCAGCCACUGUUCCUGACCAGCCGAAGUGCCAGGCAGGGGGAGGUUUCCAUGUCCAGGAGGGAGAGGACUUCCACCCUCUGACCUUUCAGUUUUCCGUAGCAGCCCAGUGUGAAGCUCGGCGGGGGUGGGCAGGGCAUCAGGACAAGAUGAAGAUGCUGGUUCUGGAAUGAGGCCUCCCCUUGGGCUAAGGGGUAGUGGCUGGCAGAGGUUGCCCAGCUCUUUUGGAGGCCACAGGGAAUAGAGGUGGGGUGGCAACAGGAAAUAGGGUGUGGGCUGUAGACCAUAGUGGGUGGAGUGGUGCUUCCGUUCCUGUGAGGCCCGCCCCCCUGAGCCCCCUCAUCUGCUUCUUGUUUGGCAGAAAUAGAUGUGGGGCACAGCCCCCAGAUGAUGGGAAUCUGCCCACGCUGUGCCCUCUGGGGAAUGAAAUCUUGCUCCUUGUGCAGCCUCCCCUUUCCCUUGCAGGGUGGGGGCUGGGGGUGCCAAGGCUCCACCCUUGGAGGGGGUUGCUGGGGGUGCCAGAGCUCCACCCUUUGCUCGCUGGGCAGAGGGAAGGAAGCACCUCCCUGUAUGCUCUGCAGGGGCCCCUGCAGGCCACUUUGCCUCAGAGGAAGGAGGAGAGGUCCCCUGGGAAAACACACACACACACACACACACACACACACACACACACACACACACACACACACACACACACACGUGCACACACGCACGCAUGCACACACACACAUACGUGCAGGGGUGCAGCCUGAGUCAGUGGGGCCAGGACUGGCUGCGCAGCUGGGCCUGCCCCAUUCUUGGAGUCCCCAGGGAAUGAGCCUCAGGAUCCACUUCACCCCUUGUUUGUAAGCCAGGCUGCACGGCCGUUCCUGGGUGUGAAAGCAUUCUGUCCUGUCUCCAGUCAGAGGGAACCGCCCCCAGACUAGAAAGCUAAUUUCCCCCGAAGGUUCAUGAAGCCAGAGGCCUGCCCUUGGGGGUCGGUCGGGAGAAGGGUGAGAGGCAGUGCUGUGGAAGGGGCCUGGCUCCUGCUGCCUGCGAUUCUCCCCGGGUAUGUGGCCUUCUGCCUCCUUCAGCCUCAGUUUCCUCGCCUGUAACAUGAGAACAACGAUGCCUGCCCGCCCAGGCCACCUCCUGGGACUGCAGUGGGGACUCUAAGUGUAAAACUGUCAUGAGGAUGGUUUAUGAAGUCCCAGGGACCACACCUGCCACUCAGGGAAGAGACUGCUGACCUCAGCCAUCAGCCGUGUGCAUCGUGAGGGGCAGUGAGCUCAGGACGGAGAGCUCUCCCCUGGUUCAGAGUCAGCACACCUGCACUCCCUUCCACACGCCCACCCAGCUGUGUGUCCUCCGCCGAGGGCGAGCCUCUCUGUGACUAUUCUGUAAAAUGCACCCCAUUCUGCCCACUCCUGCCACGAGACCCAUCCUCUGCGAUGCCACCAGGCAUGUGUGCGUGAAUGCAUGUGCAAAGCUCUCCAUCAGAAGGGUGGUGUGGGCCCUGCAGGUCCUACCCCUCGGCCUUGAAGCUCCCUCGGGCUGCGGACUCUGCCUCCUGGGUCUGAGCAUUAGAACCAGGAGAGGGGUGUCCCUGGGCAGAGCCAGGGGUGCAAACAGCCUGCAGCUAUCUGGCCUUUUAAGUAUAGUGUGUCGCAUUUCCAGGUAGGAAGGUAGCAUUUCAAAUUCAAAGAGAGGUCAAGUCAUGCAACCAUCUUUCCUCCAGCACCUUUGGGGUAAGGAGGACAGUUUUUGUUAUGGUUUAGGGGAAAUUUUCAUGAAAUUUCCACCAUUACCAAUAGAUUACUAAUGUCCAUGGCAAGUGAUCUGUGCUUGGUAUUUUGUUUUGUUUUGUUUCGGUUUUUAAAUGUAAUCACCCAUUGGUCAGGCCCAGGACUGGUCACCAUGAGCUCUGCUAGCCACGGCCCCAACGAUGCUUCCGGCUCUCAUGGAUUCCACAGCAAAUAAAACUGUACUGACAACAGA